AUGCCUGGGCGUGCCAAUAGCCAUUCCGAACUUUAUUUCGACUAUCAGAGAUUUGUAUCAUUUACACGAAUAGUGCGAGCCAUAGAAACAACAACAACAACAACGUGCCCUUUUGGAACGUGGAAUCUUAAUGCCACAACAGUUGCUGGGGGAAACGGUGUGGGUAAUGCGAAAGAUCAACUUAGAUGGCCAAAUGAUUUGGCUAUUGAUAGUAAUCAAGACAUUUAUGUAGCAGAUACUGAUAAUCAACGAAUACAGAAAUGGUCUGCUGGCUCUUCGUCUGGUAUCACUGUUUUUCCCACGAACGGUUUUCCAUUGUCAUAUCCAACGGCAUUAUUUCUCGAUCAAAAUAAAUAUUUAUAUAUUUCCGAUGAUUUCAAUUUUCGUAUUUUAAAAUGGGCCAUUGACGGAUCUGAGGCAGUUAGAAUAGUGGCGGGUGGUAAUGGAAGUGGAAAUGGUUUAAAUCAAAUACAUAGUUGUCAUGGAAUAUUUGUUGACAAUAAUAGUAAUGUAUACGUAUCGGAUUAUUACAAUCAUCGAGUAGUGAAAUGGAUACCAGGUUCUUCAAGUGGUAUUGUUGUAGCUGGUGGAAAUGGACACGGAUCAGAACUCAAUCAAUUAUUUAAACCAAUGGGCAUUUUUGUUACUUCUGACGAUGUAGUUUAUGUAGCUGAUACAUUGAAUCAUCGAAUAAUGAAAUGGGUGCCAGAUUAUUUAAGUGGCGUUGUUGUGGCUGGUGAAAAUGGAUCGGGAUCAAAUUUAAAUCAGUUAAAGAAUCCAAGUUCAGUUUCAGUUGAUUUAUAUGGUAAUGUGUAUGUGUCCGAUAUUACUAGUUCUCGUAUAAUGAAAUGGACUCCUGGUGCAAUUGAUGGAACAAUCAUGUCAAGCGACUUAUCUGGUCCGUUUGGACUAAAAUUUGAUAAAUAUAACAAUUUAUAUGUUGCUGAUAGUGAUAAUAAUCGUAUACAAAAAUUUAGUUUCAGUAGCACGUCAUGUAAUGCUGGUGAACAGUUUAUGACAACAACAACAAACCAAAGCGUAUUGAAAACAAUGUGUAUAAUAACGCUAGGUUUCGUAUCCUGGCGUUUGAUUUUAUAG